UGAUCUUUGACACAUUUAGAUGCCAAGCGACUUGGGAACAUGGUUCAGGACCAUCCCUAUAGUAACCAGGUACUGGUUCGCUCUUUCUGUCGUCAUUCCUUUACUCGGAAGGUUUGGCCUUAUCAACCCAUUAUGGAUGUAUCUUGAUUGGGAUCUUUUCGUCCAUCGGUUUCAUUUCUGGCGACCGCUGACAGCUUUGAUAUUCUAUCCGGUUUCACCUCAAACCGGUUUUCACUGGCUACUGAUGUUGUAUUUUUUGUAUAAUUACUCAAAAAAUCUGGAGUCUGGAGUGUUCUCAGGACGUCCAGCUGACUACCUCUACAUGUUGAUUUUUAAUUGGCUGAUUUGUUCGGGAAUAUGCAUGGCAGCUGGUGUGUAUUUUUUGCUUGAACCUAUGGUACUCAGCGUUUUGUACGUUUGGUGUCAACUCAACAAAGAUACGAUUGUUUCUUUCUGGUUUGGAACACAGUUCAAAGCCAUGUAUCUUCCAUGGAUUUUAUGUGCGUUCAAUGCCAUCCUACGAGGAGGUGGCAUGAACGAGCUCCUUGGCAUUCUGGUUGGACACACCUACUACUUCUUGGCCUUUGACUACCCACUUCAACAUGGUGGAUCACAGUUCCUUCGUACCCCUCAGUUCCUCUACAAUCUUCUGCCAAAUGAGGAAGGAGUCGCUGUUGUGCAUAGAGGUCAAGUCAUGAUCAUAUCGAAUGAUAUGAGAUGCUAUCACAUUUGGUGUCAAAAGUAUGGGUUGAGCAGUAAGUAG